GGCAUUGGCCUCGCACUGACAUGUGCCAUAAAGGGUUAUCCUGUCAUUAUCACGCUUCCCGAAAAGAUGUCGCUCGAAAAGGAAAUUACUUUGCGAGCGUUGGGGGCGGAAAUUAUUCGUACACCUACCGAAGCUCCCUCCGAAUCCGAGGAGUCGAACAUCGGUGUUGCUAAGCGUCUUCAGAAACUCAUCCCCGGCGGGGUUAUUCUUGACCAAUAUAACAACCCCGCUAAUCCGGACGCUCACGAGUUUGGCACCGGUCCAGAAAUUAUAGAGGCAAUUGAAAAUACACCUUCGACGACAUCUCGCCUUUCCUCAGGGAAAGUGGAUGUGUUGUUUGCUGGUGCAGGAACCGGGGGAACGAUUACUGGGAUCUCGAGAGCUAUCAAGCGCCACCAUCCAAAUUCUAUUGUGGUCGGAAUCGAUCCUAAAGGCAGUUUGAUCGCGAGGCCAGAGGAAUUGAACAAAUUAGAUGGAGAGAGUGCUUCAUACGUCGUCGAGGGAAUCGGAUACGACUUCAUCCCUGGCGUAUUGUCUCAUGAUCAGGUGGAUCAAUGGGUCAAGACUGACGAUAAUGAAGCUUGGGCCGCUGCUCGAAAACUGAUGCGAACGGAAGGACUUCUAGUGGGAGGUAGCUCUGGAUCUGUCCUUGCCGGGGCAUUACGAUGGCUUACGACCGAGGAGGGAAUGAUGUCAGCAGGUGGUGUCGAAGGAAAGAACGCAGUUAUCAUUCUACCAGAUGGGAUACGGAACUAUAUGUCCAAGCCAUGGUUUGCCGAGCUUGCCAGAGGUGAUGGGCAAUCGGAGCUCGCGAAGCAAAUAGCGGAGCUCCUCAAGAAGCCUUAGCCCUGUCUGUUGAAUAGCCAUCAUAAGAAAAUAGAUGCUUUUUGGGGA